UAUAUAUUUUAAAACUUGCAGUCCUCCAAGUCUUCUGAGCCUUCCAGACUUAUUAGCAUUCCUAGCCAUCCCUAGUCCACACCACAUGCACAACACACACACAAAUGUAGUAUUUACUGGUAAUUUGCUGGAAGGUGUCUUUCCGCAUGCCAACUCUUCCUUUGAGAGGUACUUAAAAUAUUUCUAUCGCUUUCUGCCUGUGGACGCCGCCGAGGAAGCAUCGUUUAAGUGUCUCUUCCCACUGCCGUCAUGUCUAAGUCAGAGUCUCCUAAAGAACCCGAACAGCCGCGGAAGCUAUUCAUCGGAGGGUUGAGCUUUGAAACGACCGAUGAGAGUCUGAGGAGCCAUUUUGAGCAAUGGGGAACGCUCAUGGACUGUGUGGUAAUGAGAGAUCCAAAUACCAAGCGCUCCAGGGGCUUUGGGUUUGUCACAUAUGCCACAGUGGAGGAGGUGGAUGCGGCAAUGAAUGCACGGCCAUACAAGGUGGAUGGAAGAGUUGUGGAACCAAAGAGAGCUGUCUCUAGAGAAGAUUCUCAAAGACUAGGUGCCCACUUAACUGUGAAAAAGAUCUUUGUUGGUGGCAUUAAAGAAGAUACUGAAGAACAUCACCUAAGAGACUAUUUUGAACAGUAUGGGAAAAUUGGAGUGAUUGAAAUCAUGACUGACAGAGGCAGUGGCAAGAAGAGGGGCUUUGCUUUUGUAACCUUUGAUGACCAUGAUUCUGUGGAUAAGAUUGUCAUUCAGAAAUACCAUACUGUGAAUGGCCACAACUGUGAAGUAAGGAAAGCCCUGUCGAAGCAAGAGAUGGCCAGUGCUUCAUCCAGCCUAAGAGGUCGAAGUGUCAACUUUGGUGGCGGUCGUGGAGGUGGUUUUGGUGAGAAUGACAACUUUGGCCGUGGAGGAAAUUUCAGUGGUCGAGGUGGCUUUGGUGGCAGCCGUGGUGGUGGUGGAUAUGGUGGCAGUGGGGAUGGGUACAAUGGAUUUGGUAAUGAUGGAAGCAAUUUUGGAGGUGGUGGAAGCUACAAUGAGUUUGGCAAUUACAACAAUCAGUCUUCAAAUUUUGGACCCAUGAAGGGAGGAAAUUUUGGAGGCAGAAGCUCUGGCCCCUAUGGUGGUGGAGGCCAAUAUUUUGCCAAACCACGAAACCAAGGUGGCUAUGGUGGUUCCAGUAGCAGCAGUAGCUAUCAGUGGCAGAAGGUUUUAAUUAUUCCCAGGAAACAAAGCUUAGCAGGAGAGGAGAGCCAGAGAAGUGACAGGGAAGCUACAGGUGACAACAGAUUUGUGAACUCAGCCAAGCACAGUGGUGGCAGGGCCUGGCUGCUACAAAGAAGACAUGUGUUAGACAGUACUCAUGUGUUGGGCAAAAAAACUCGAGGACUGUAUUUGUGACUAAUUGUAUAACAGGUUAUUUUAGUUUCUGUUCUGUGGAAAGUGUAAAGCAUUCCAACAAAGGGUUUUAAUGUAGAUUUUUUUUUUUUUUUGCACCCAUGCUGUUGAUUGCUAAAUGUAAUAGUCUGAUCAUGACGCUGAAUAAAUGUGUCUUUUUAAAAAAAA